UUGUGUCAGUUAAAGUUACCGUGUUGUGUGUUGUGUUGAGUUGAGGCGGACUUCGAUUUCCUAGAAUCGUUUUAGUUUCUUUGACAUGAUUUAAGUUUCCUUCGCUAUCAGAGAGAAGUUAUUUAUCCGUAGCAGUUUUAUUGAAUUUCGGAUUAACCUCAAGUAUAAGCUAAAUAUUACUUAUGUUAAUACUCUGUUAACUGUUCUCCUGUCAUUUUUAGUAAACGGGAUAGUUGUUUUAUUUUUAAAUCUUCUCCCAGUAGUUAUAUCAAGGACAUGUGGUAGUGCAAAGUGUUGUGUUUGAUACAUUUGCAAGCGCAAGGUGACUGCAAUUACAAGUUAGUGUUAGUAUUAUGUGUUAGAUUGUUAUCUUCUAAACACAGAUAUGUCCAGACAAAAUGAACGCCAGGGCUACCAAGGCUACGCUCAAACCUACAAACUGGUUGUGGUUGGCGGUGGAGGUGUUGGAAAAUCAGCAAUAACAAUUCAAUUUAUCCAGAGUUAUUUUGUAACGGACUACGAUCCAACAAUUGAAGACUCGUACACAAAACAAUGUGUAAUAGACGAUAUUCCUGCCAAAUUAGACAUUCUGGACACGGCAGGACAAGAGGAGUUCUCGGCUAUGCGGGAGCAGUACAUGAGGUCCGGGGAAGGCUUUCUACUAGUAUUUGCCGUCACGGAUAAAGCCAGCUUCGACGAGAUGUACAAGUUCCACCGGCAAAUCCUCCGGGUGAAAGACAGAGACGAGUUUCCGAUGUUGAUGGUCGGCAACAAGGCUGAUCUAGAACAUCAAAGAGUGGUUUCAACGGCAGACGCACAGAACUUGGCGCGACAGUUGAAAAUCCCGUACAUAGAGUGCAGCGCCAAGCUACGGAUGAACGUAGAUCAGGCGUUCCACGAGUUGGUCCGCAUCGUUCGCAAGUUCCAACUAUCGGAAAGGCCGCCUCUCAAACCAAACUCAAACAAGCGCAAGAAGAAAUGUGUCAUUCUAUAGACACCAUUUCACCCCAUAAGUGUUCUCAUAUUAGAUAUCCAGUAACCUCAACCUCACAGUAACAAAAGGGUGUCCAGUAACACGGAAAAUGAAAAAGAAAUUAUUUUGUAAACAAAUUGGCAUUUUCCAUAGAAGAAGCGCUAUUGCAAACGAUACAAGGGAAAGCUGUCCAAAAUCCUCAAUUUUUUUGGUUAUGCUCCGGGAAUUGAACCCGCCCCUCUCUUACUUAAGUCUGAGACGCUAACAUACCCAAAAUAGAUUUUUGGUUUGGCAAUAUUUAUAAUGAGGUAUUGAAAAGUUUUGGGAGACAAAUUUUAUUAUAAGCUGUUUUAUUUUUACUAAUAUAGGCCUAAUCUUUAAACAUGCCUAUUUUAACAAAAGUUCUUCAGGAUUACCAUCAUAAGAAUAUUGACGCAAUAUUAAUCGUAUGUAGAAGCUAAAUGUCAAAUAACAGCUGGGGCCCAUUUCAUAAUAAAGUACAAAUUAAUAUUAUUAGUAAAUCAGCUGAUCGCCCAAUGCAAAUCUAAUGGAAAUUACAAGUUACAAGUUGUAACUUGUAACUUGUAGUUUAUUAUGAAAUGGGCCCCAGGUCUUACCAUUAAGAAGUACUGGACACCCUGUAAUUGUUUAACUUCCUAACCACAAUAGACUCAGUCGAGUUUACACAUCACUAAGGACUGAAAAGAUUACGGAGAAUUUCUAAAGUACGAUUUGUUAUUUAACAAAAUGUUUAACAUUGUUGUUUUUAAAUGAUUAGGUUGUUUUCAAAUGUCGAGUUUAAAGUGACAUUUUUUACUUUGCACAAAUAAUGAAUGUUUAACAUAUGACAAAGGGUCCAAGACCAAUGUGGUUGCAUAUUGAGGUCUGUUUAAAACUUGUUAGACAGUUUAUUUUGCUGAAAAGGACAAAGUCUUAGAACAGCUGGUGAGUGAUUCUAGCCCAGUGAAAUGUCAUGAACAUUUCAUAAAGAAAUGGAAAUCAAAAAUAAGUUUUGAUGUGUCGUUUUUUAUGUUUUUUUUUUGUUUUGUAAAGAAAUGUAUUUAUUAACGUAUUGGCUGCAGUCGUUCAAUAUAUGGGUGCUGCCAAAGAGUGGUUAGUUAAUGGGAAUAUGCUCAUUGCUGGAAUUAAUUUUCAUAUUCUGUUCUAACAAAUAUUAAAGACACAUUAUGUCAAUAUCUGAAUGAUUUGGGGUAGUUCUAUGAAAGAUCAAUAGGUAGCAGCACAGCAUAGUUGCCAACAAAUCCCAGUAUAUCCUAAUGCAGGAACAUUUUCAUCAGAAAAUGUUAUUUAGGUAAUCCAUAGGUUUCAUGAUAAGACCUAGACCCGGGACCGAUUUAUUAAUAAUGAGGAUUUGCUUCCCUGUUUGGAGGCAUCCAUAUAUUUGAGAGUAAUACAUUUUCAGAAGAAAUGCACACUAAUCAACAAAUCAGCCUCAAUUCUGGUUGGCAAGUGUGUAAAUUUUCUUUGUAAGCUGCAGCUAAUGUGUUAACAAAUCUUAUUAAACUCAUUUUUCUGUAGCUUUAACUUUUGGAUACUGAAGUAUACAUCCACAUAUGCACAAGGUAUAGCUAAAUUCAAGUUGAACAUAGUCGAAUGUCAAAAUUCUAUUAGUUUUUGUUACUACUAUAAUCAAAUUGACGUUUAAUCUGCCAUAUUAUCUUAUACAGUUGUCCUUUCUGUUUGACAUAAUCACACUCACGUCCUCGGUGGCCCAAUUCAAAUAAGUUAAUUUUUUUUCCUAAAACAGGCUUGAGCUAAAUCAUAAGAAUGGAUGUCUACUUCAAACAAUAGGCCUAGUCAAAGAUUGUAAUUACUCAGAUCUGUGUUUUUUCAAACCGUACUAAAGUUUUGUUUGAUAUUUCGGUUUACUCCAUAACCUCAGUUUAUUGAGGUAGUGAAAACGUAGUCUACAUCUAAGGAACCGUCAUCCCACCUUAAUCUUCCCUAUCUGUAAAUAAUUGUAUUUUAUAAUUAAGGAGCCGAUAGAAUCAAAAUGCAUGUAACUCAUAUAUUUACUUAAAGUCUAGUUUUAAUCUUAGACCUCAAUGUGUGUAUAUUAUAAUCAGCUAAGCUGAAAUACGCUUCUCAAACAAUACAUUAUACUGCUUAGCAUCAAGUGCCUUUGAAUUUGUAUUAAAUGUUAAUUUAUCAAAGUUUAGAUCUUAGUUAAUUUGUUUAUUUGAGAUUUAUCACAUUUUCUGUGUAUUGAUGUGAAAUGAAUGGUGAGUUUCUCGUAUAACUUGUAUUUUUAAUGCCUGUGUACUAAUCGUAAUUUUUAGCAGUUAAUAUUUAUUUAAUGUAAAUGUACUACUCAUUAAACUACUGUCAGAUUAUCUUAACAAAGUAUUAAUAGACUUUUGUGUAUCAGGAAUAUUGAUAACUGCCAUUUUUCGUUAUGAUAGCACUUAAGACUUCCUGUUUUCCUGUAUGACUUCCUGUAAGAAUUCCGGUUUUAUUUAGAAAAGGAGCAAGUUUGUGUCUGCUAUAAUAGAAGACAUUGGAAAAUUUUAAUUUCUGUAAAAAUUAAUUUGGUUGUAGAAAAAUCCUUGAAAGUUUCUUCCUCAAUGUAUUUUGGGAUUUUUUACUCUAGCCAAAGCCUAAAGAGAUUGAAAUAAAUUGUGUACAAGACAUGAGCCUUUUUUUAAUAAGAGUUUUUUUUUUACAAUUUUAUCAAAAAGAUACCUAUUAUUGUUCUGGGACAGAUUAAUAGUGAGACAUAAAUUUAUCAUUUUUUUUAUAUUUUUGAAAUAGUGCCGCCUGCAUUAAAUAUUUUGAAAUAUAUAUUUUCAUUUUUUAUAUUGUAUUACAGUAAAACUUAACUAACUCGACAGUUUGUGGACCCAAAAGUUGUCGAGUUAUCCAGAUCGUUGAAAUUUGUUAUGGGUUUUAUUAAACGUAUAUUUACAUCUAAAUUUUUACAUCGGUAUUUUUACAUUGAGUAAAAGGUAUUUAAAGAAAUGUUGAAUAUUCCAAAAGUAAAACAAUUUUUUUUGCAUGAGCCCUGUUGGCUGUCGACUGUCAAUUUACUGGGUGUAAAGAGAUUUUACUGUAGUACGAGCAAUCCUUAAAAAUUUAAAUAAGGAUGUGAGAACCCUUUUCACAGGUAAUAUCAUUUUUGUUUAGACAUUAAUGAUACUAAAUUCAAAUAUUUUUAUUUUAUUUUAUCAAUUUAAUUCAGUUUUGAAUAUUUUCACCUCAAAUCAACAACUUGCCAAGAAUUAUACCUCAAAAUGUCCUAUCCGAGUUUUCUCGAUGUUACCUACGCAUAUCAAAAACUCAUAUUAUCAUGUUUUAAUUGUUACUCAUAACUGUUAACAUACUCUAAAAAUUAAAUUUGUGUAGAUUAUGACUCAUUUUUAUGCAUAAUGUUGUACAGUAAAUGUACAAACAUAAUUUUAGUUAUAUACUAAACAUGUAAAUAAUGUGCCAUGUGUUCAUUACCUUAAUGAUCAUUGUCAAUAAAGUGAUUAUUUAACUAA